GCAGCGCCGGCGCCGCUGCAAGAUGCUGGAUGGACACGUCCUGCUGGGAUGGCUCUCCUCCUGCGCGCUCCUAGGGCUGCUCGCCUGCGCCCCGCGGCCCUCCGCCGCCUACUUCGGGCUGACUGGGAACGAACCCCUGACCAUCCUCCCUCUAACUUCAGAAAUGGAGGAAGCUGCUGUCAAAGCCCAUUACAAAGUCUGUGACCGCCUGAAGCUGGAGAAGAAGCAGCGUAGGAUGUGCCGGCGGGACCCUGGCGUGGCUGAGACCCUCAUGGAGGCAAUCAGCAUGAGCGCACUGGAGUGCCAGUACCAGUUUCGCUUUGAGCGCUGGAAUUGCACCUUGGAGGGCCGCUACCGGGCCAGCCUGCUGAAGAGAGGUUUUAAGGAGACAGCCUUCCUGUAUGCCAUUUCCUCAGCAGGGCUGACUCAUGCCAUGGCCAAGGCAUGCAGCGCGGGGCGCAUGGAGCGCUGCACCUGCGACGAGGCCCCUGACCUGGAGAACCGUGAGGCCUGGCAGUGGGGCGGGUGCGGCGACAACUUGAAAUACAGCAACAAGUUUGUCAAGGAGUUUCUGGGGAGGAAGCCCAACAAGGACCUGCGAGCCAGGGUGGACUUUCACAAUAACCUCGUGGGCAUGAAGGUCAUCAAAGCUGGAGUGGAGACGACCUGUAAAUGCCAUGGCGUAUCUGGAUCCUGCACUGUCCGAACAUGCUGGAGGCAGCUCUCUCCAUUCCACGAAAUAGGGAAGCAGCUGAAGCAGAAAUACGAGACAUCGCUCAAAGUGGGCAGCACUACCAAUGAGGCCACGGGGGAAGGAGACAUCUCCCCACCCAAGAAGUCCAUCCCUGGUCACAGUGAUCAAAUCCCAAGGACUACGGAUCUCGUCUACAUUGACGAUUCCCCGAGCUUCUGUCUGAUGAGUAGAUACUCGCCUGGGACUUCGGGAAGGAAAUGUUACAAGGACAAGAACUGUGACAGCAUCUGCUGUGGGCGAGGGCACAAUACGCAGAGCCGGGUGGUCACCCGUCCGUGCCAGUGCCAGGUUCGCUGGUGUUGCUACGUGGAAUGCAAGCAAUGCACCCAGAGAGAAGAGGUUUAUACCUGCAAGGACUAACGUGUCUUCUACCUAAUGGCUACCCUCAGUGAUGGGCAAUCGCGGUCUAUGAGAACUACGUAUGAAAACCAAACAGGGUUUGACUGACCUUCUGGGAUCUGAAAGCUAUGUUGAGACAUAAGCACUUUGUAGGGUACAGGUGACCCAGCUGUGUUGCUGUUUUUUGUUUUUGUUUUUUUUCCUGUAGACUGAAUUUUAAUGAGGUCCAACCAUGUGGAAGUAAGUGCCUGUCACACUGGGGUAAGACACCAGUUGACCUUCACCUUUAGUCAUCCACACAGUUUUGACGGAUCAUUUAUCCGUGGAAAAUCUUGAUCAUUUCACCAAUCCUCCAUGGACUCCUGGGCUAAUAUAUUCUCUUUGGAAUAAACAACUGUGUGACCUGUACUACUUUAUUCCUGAAGCUUACCUGACUGCCUAGAGAGCUGAGCAGAUAAGAAAGACAGACCUUUCUGCUUUAAAUGUGGUGGUAGAGGA